AGCAAUCGACUUAUACGCCCUCUAUCUAAUACCUAGUAUAAUAUAUAAUACCUAUCUAUCCCUUAUACCAACCAACCAACCAUCCAUCCGUCCAUCCUCACCAUAUUCAAAAUGCAGAUCUCCGCCCUCCUCUCCAUCGUCGCCUUCUCAGCCGCCGCCCUCGCCCACCCGCUCUCCAUGGCCGCCAACGCCACCCAGUGGACCAUCACCAGCCUAUCGCGCAGCUGCGACGCCGCCGACCAGUCCUGCGACUGGACCUUCGGCAUCGACAACGGCGCCGGCGCCACCCCCGUCAAGUACACCGUCAAGGCGGCCGGCUCGACCCCGGCUAGCCGAUCCAGCGGCGGCCCCGUCACCGUCGGUGAUUUCACCAUUACCAGCGGCUGGAGCGGCCAGUUCGGCGACGACAAGGGCUUUACCACCUUCUCCGUUGUCGACAAUGCGAAGCGCCAGAUCGUGUAUCCUUCCUACACCGACGCUCAGGUCAAGGACGGCCAGGUCGUCAAGCCUGACCAGAGCUACCCCGUUCAGAACCUCCCUUAAGCGGCGAACUCGCCGGUUAGCGAUGGGAUUCCACCUGAGAAUGAAGUGAAUGGAAACGAUGGGCAACGAGGCAAGGUUAGUGGGGCAAAGCAGAGUCCGGGAUUCCUUUUUGGUUGUGGUAUGUACAUAUGGCGACGAUGGAGAUUCAGUCUAUAGAUAUAUAAGUGUUAAUACGAAGCUGUAUAUCGUCGUAA